GCUGCAAGUGGGAAUUUCUCUAUGUAAGAUAAAGAGAACCUAAUGAAACCAUAGUACAAUAGUAUGUACUUAACAUAUAUUAGGUUGUGAACGUUAUGCUUUUUGAGUGAAUUAUCUUUUGAUUGCACAGUUCAGUUUCUUUGUUGUUUUCUUCUAUAUUGUUUCCAUUAGAAGAUUUGAAAUUAUCUCAUACUUGGUGAAACGCAGGGAAUCAUAGGAUCGCACACAAAUCACCAGUUUUAUGUACAUAGAUUGCCUGAGAGUAAGAAAUUGGAGGAAGUUGAACGCGUAGUAUAAACUAACAUGACAUCAAACGUAAUUACAGAAAAUUCCGAAAAUGCGUGUGUUGUGUGCUUUAAAAAUGUUGUUAUAUAUUCUGUUGGCGAGUGUGACCAUCCAGUUUGUUACGAAUGUUCCACGAGAAUGCGAGUGCUAUGUCGUCAGAAUGAAUGUCCCAUUUGUAGACAAGAUAUGCCUAAGGUUAUCUUUACCAAAGAGGUGCAGCUGUUCCGAAAUAUUAAGAACUAUUCGUAUUUAAUGGAUAAAAAGUUUAAAAUAUGUUUCGAUACUGCAGACAUACAAGCUGCCUACAGCAGACUUUUGGAACAUGUGUGCAGUGUUUGCACAGGACGCCCUGCAUUUAGAACAUUUCAAAAUCUUAAAGAUCAUAUGAGGAAGGAACAUGAAUUGCAGUACUGUGAUUUAUGUGUUGAAAACUUGAAGAUAUUCACUGGUGAACGAAGAUGUUACACACGACAGGAACUCGCUUUACAUCGUCGUAAAGGUGACCCUGAUGACAGAUCACAUAGAGGCCACCCAUUAUGUGAAUUUUGUGAUCAACGAUAUAUGGACAGUGAUGAAUUAUUCAGACAUUUACGACGUGACCAUCUGUUCUGUCAUUUUUGUGAUGCUGAUGGUUUUCAUCAAUAUUAUAGCUCUUAUGAUUAUCUGAGAGAACAUUUUCGCUCUGAGCAUUUUUUAUGUGAAGAGGGCAACUGCAUGGAGGAAAAGUUUACAUCUGUCUUCCGCACAGAAAUUGAUUUGAAGGCACACAGGGCCUCUGUUCAUGGACGCAGCAUUGGGAAAGCUGCCACAAAACAAGCACGUAUGUUGGAAUUGGAAUUUACACUUGCUCCACGGCCACGAGACCGACUUGAUGGAAUGCGAGGUGGCCGAAGAGGAAGUGGACGACAGCGUAUGCGGCAUGAUGAAGAGGAGCCCCAGGGAGCUGUUGGAGGGGACUGUGACAAUCAGCACUUUGACCCAGCGCCUAUGUUUCGGAAUGCUCCAAAUAUCAAUACAAGUUGUAUUGAAGAGUUUCCAACACUUGGUGGUGAAGCACCUCCAGUAUUAGGUCCUCCUCUUAGACAGAAUUCACGUAAAGUUCCAGCAAACAAUAGUGGACUGACAAUAAGAACUGUCCAUCAGUCUCAGCCAUUAGCUAUUACAGAUGAGAAUUUUCCUGCACUUGGACUUGAAGGAUCCACUGGUGGGUGUAAGACUGUCAGGCUAAGUGUUAACAGUGGCAGCCAAGAUCGGCCAAACUCUGCUGCAGCAAGUUCCAUAAGGGGCAGUAAUCAAAAGGCACCUACCAAUGUUUCUAUACAUGUUAAUCAUCGUCCAAGUGGUAGCAGUCAAAACAUACAUAUCAGACCUACAUCCGUUCCUUCGCAGUUUCACAGUGAUUUUCCAUCUCUCAGUGGGUCCAAAGUAUCCACUGCCAGUUCUUCUGUACAGUGGCUAGGUAACCAUGGCAGCAUGGGAGCAAAAACCAAAGUUCAACCACAAACACAGGCUCCAAGAGCAUUUAAAACAGAAGAGGAUUUUCCAAGCCUGAGUUCUAAAUUCAGUACAGGCUGUAAUGUUGCAAACACAACCUCAUCUUCAGAUGCAGGCAGUGACGAUAGGUUUAAAAAAGCAUCUUCUGUAAUGAUUCCUGUUACAUCAUCCUGGACAAUGACUCAAGGAUCUUCUGAUGUUUCUAGGAUUCAUGAAAGUUCUGGGGAACCAAGUGGUAUUCCAGGUAGAUCAAAUUAUGAUAUUCUUGCCAACACCACCAGCAGCCUAGGAAAUAUCAAGGUUAAAUCCAGAAAAAAGAAAACUAAAAAUGCUGUAUCACAUAAUGCCAACAUGUACAGUAAUGACUCAGUUUUGACAAAACCUGCACAAUCUGCAGUCAGCGAGUCUGGGAAGAGGAAAAAGAAGCAAGGGAAUAGAGAAGCCGAAGUGCAGCAAAACACACAAACCAACAAGAAUGACUGUGAAAAUAGGGAAAAUGAGAAGCCAGCAGAAUUUGGAAAUGGUACAGAUAACUCGUCCACCUUUGAGCGAAAGAGAUCAGAAUUACUGAUUCAGAGCUUGACACCCCAGGAUGCUACAGAAGAUAAUAAUAAUGAAUUAUCCACAUCUUUCAACGACAGGGUUUAUGAGGAUAUGUAUCCCCCUUUCAGUAGUGAAAUACUGGAUGACUUUCAUGCAAUUGGAAGUCCUGGAUGUUGGCCUCCAGGAUUAGAUGUUCCUGUUAACAGAGGGAAAUUAUCAUCUGCACCUCCACCUGGUUUUGGUGGUACCACAAAUAGCUGUAGUACUACAGCACCACCUCCAGGUUUUUCAGUAACUCUUAAUUCUGUUGCACGACCCCAGUCCAAUGGCCUUACAUUCACCAGUAGCAGUGGCCAGAGCUAUUCAAUUCUUCCAGGAAGGUCUGGGAACAGUUAUAAAUUUGUUCCACCACAAGACUUUUCCCAUCGGAAUCAAGCAUUGGUAACACGAGUAAAGAAAAUGUUGGGUGAUGCUCAAUCCGUGGACGAGUUUUGCCAGCUCUCAAAAAUGUUUCGUCAGGGUGACAUCAGCGCUUCAGAUUUCUACACACACUGCCAGGAAAAAAUGGGCAUGAAAGAAUUUACAGAAAUCUUUGCAGAGCUUCUUGUCCUCCUGCCCGAUAUAGAGAAACAACAGGAGCUGUGGUCUGUUCAUGCUGAUACUGGAAAGUGGUCAGCAAAGGACCUUGAGGUAUGUGCCACGUGUCAGCAGGUUCUGUCAGCUGCUGACCUCCGCCAUCAUGUUGGCAGUCACACACUUGAGAACCAUUUUCCAGCCCUUGGGUCAUCAGAACCUGUGUCACAAACAUGGGGCAAGAAGUAAUAGCAUAUUGAAUGUGCCAACAGUCCGGAAUCAAGAGGAGCAUUGGUAUUGAUUCUUGUCAUCGUAUUUGCUCAUACAUGAUGAACUGACAUAAAAUCAAGCCAUUAUUUUUUCCUUGAAUUUCCUUUAAUACAGUUUGGUGCCUGUUAAGACGCUUUACAUAGAUGUAAUAAAACAUUACAUAUGGAAAAAUUAUUUAUGUAUUUAUGCAAGAAUCCUUGGACCACAUGUGAUAUUUUUUCUAGUUGAGACAGAUGGAAGUGAUAGCAUUCAGAGAGCUAAUAGAACAAUCCUAUGUGUGCAGUAUUUUCAUUUUACUAUUGUUACCAGAUCCUUGCCAAGUUCCCAGUGUUUCCAUAUGUUCUUACAUGUGUUAUAACUGAUACCAAAAUAUGCAUAAGCAGUGUUACUCUGCAGGUGAAUUUUAUAAAUGACUUGUGACAUAAAUUUAAGUAAGAUUAUGUCUUUUCGCACAGCACCUAACAAGUUAAAGCAGUGUUUCUCAACUUAUGUGCUGUGACACUUUUAAUUUAAAUGAUUUCAUGAAGUGUUGUUAUGGAAAUUAAAUACUGUUUGGCAUUGUGCUGCUGUUUCUUUGUUAAACUGUUGAUGCCUCAGUUGUGCUGUCUGAGAAUAGCCAUUUUGAACAUUGAUAUAGUGUCCUCUCCAUCAUCAUUCAUUACUUUUUUUCCUAAAAUGAGUAAUUUUUUAGUGAAUGAAGCAGCAUAUUACAUGAAACUCUAUUCAUCAGCCCCUUUACAUAUGAUAUCCAGUGGCAUGCUUCUUAUUAAAAUAAUGAUACCAUCCACUUUCAUUAUGCCUGAACAUAAUCUCAAAUGAUUAGCACUUAAAUAAUGCCUGAAGCUGAUACAGUGACCAUUAAAUAAUUUAAAAACCAGCCAAGCAAUCUUCCAUAAUUUUAAAUUGCAUGUUAUGUGUGUGCUAAUUGUCAUGUAUUUUUCAUAUUGCAAAUCUGAUGCUAAGUAUUCUGUUAUAUCAUGCCACCCCCACCCCCAAAUAAGAGUAUGACUGCUAAAAUUUCAGAAUAGAAUGAUUGAUCUAAACCAUACUGUCACAGUGAUGGGGCAGUUGCUGGUUUAUAUGCUGCACUGUGCACUAUGCAGUUGAGAAGAUUGUAGGUCAAUUUAUUCAUAUUGUACAGUCUUCAAAGAAAUAAAAUUUCUUCUAAUAA